AUGUCCAAAGAUGGCCCUGAGCCGUCCAGCACGCCGUCAAUCUUCACACCAUACCUCUCGCCGUCCUUGGCUUCUCACCUCUCGUCCACACCCAACCCGAUCGACGUCGACUCGUUGUGCCGCACGCCGCUCUCUCGCCUCCAACAGACGGCCCUUCCCAACCUGGGGUUGAUCGAACUCGUCUCGUCGACGGAUUUUGCAACUCUCUACGACGACCUGUACAUUUCCAGUUUCCCAAAGCGCCCCGAGCGAGAGAACUCGGAUUUGAUAGUCGCCCGACUCGCUGCCCAAGCGGCAAACACUCGCACGGGACUCGCACCGUAUCGCAUCGUCGGUUUACGCGAUAGAGAAGGCAAAGCCAUAGGAGCUGCACAGUUCAGUGUUCUUCCUCUUCCUGUUCGUGACGAUUAUACGACCAGAGCCGACGGGCUUGAUUCGACGAGCACGACCACCGGUGGUUCACCUCCUGCACUCGCCGUACCUUACCUCCAAUACAUCUACAUCCGACCCUCUUCGAGACGACAAGACAUGUCGGAAGUUUUACACACGUUCGUCCUGGCCGUAGCUGCGGCCGAUGCGUCCACCAUUCUCUCAUUCCCACCGGCAAAAUCACUGGUCGUACGAGCACCCAAUGAUAUUAUACCCACGGGGUCUGGGAUCGACAGCAACAGCAGAACCCGAGUCCACCCACAGAAUCACACCACACACGUCCCUUUUACGCUUUUUGAAACAGAACCUCCCGACCACGGCGUCGACGCCUCAUCUCGUUCUUACGCCCUGGAACGAUCAAAGAUCCACACGUCGACGGGAGGUGUGGCGGUGGUGUUGCUCAGACGUCGGCCGAAAGGUGAAGUCGAGGGAAAAGGAGACGACGACGACGACGAAAUUCGACAGAUCUUGAGUGCACACGUCCAACCUGGUUUGGAACCGGAUGACCCCCCAUUGACAUUGGUCUGGGUCAUUCGACCGUCACCCAACCCGGGAGUGGUUUACGACCUCGGGCAGGUCGGCAAGGACCUGGUCGCGGCGUACUACCAGAGUCUGCGCGACGAAGGGUUCCCGGAAGCCAACAUCGCCCUGGCCGAGAGGAUGGUCGAGGAGAGAUGUCGAGACGCCGACUUUCAUUUGAUGCCUCUGGCCCAAGUUUCGGAUUUCAAAAACACAUGACCUCACCAUCCGAACUCAGUAGGAAAGCUAGGAAAAUGCAAAAGGAGCACGAAUGAUUUUUAAAAGAUUGCAUUGAUGAUUGCCUAUAAAACU